AACCCGCUCAGGAAGAAAGGAAACAUGCAGGUCUCCAGCCUCAACGAGGUGAAGAUCUACAGCCUCAGUGCCGGACGGAGUUUACCUGAGUGGCUUUCUGAUAGGAAGAAGAGAGCACUGCAAAAGAAAGAUGCUGAUAUUUGUAGGAGAAUUGAACUUAUCCAGGAUUUUGACAUGCCUACGAUUAGUACCAAGAUCAAAGUUUCACGAGAUGGGCAGUACGUGAUGGCAACUGGGACAUAUAAACCAAGGAUCCGAUGUUUCGAUACCUAUCAGUUAUCUAUGAAAUUUGAAAGAUGCUUAGAUGCUGAAGUGGUUGCGUUUGAUAUUUUAUCAGAUGAUUACUCAAAGAUAGUUUUCCUCCAAUGUGACAGAUAUGUAGAAUUUCAUUCCCAACAUGGCCGUUACUACAGGACAAGAAUACCAAAGUUUGGUAGAGAUUUCUCAUACCAUUAUCCAUCAUGUGACCUGUACUUCGUAGGAGCAAGCUCUGAAAUAUACCGGCUAAAUCUGGAACAAGGAAGGUACCUGAAUUCCCUACAGACAGAUGCUUCGGAGAAUCAUGUCUGUGACAUAAAUCCUGUCCAUGGCUUAUUUGCUACUGGCACAGUUGAGGGGAAGGUGGAAUGCUGGGACCCCAGAACAAGAAACAGAGUUGGGGUGCUGGAUUGCGCUUUAAGCAGCGCGUCAGCUGAUAAGGAGGUAGAUGGUCUGCCAUCUAUUUCGGCCUUGAAGUUUGAUGGAACAUUAAAUAUGGCUGUUGGAACAUCCACAGGGCAGGUCUUGUUUUACGAUCUCCGAUCAAGUAGCCCGUUAAUAGUGAAGGAUCACCAAUAUGGCCUGCCUAUCAAAUCGAUCCAGUUCCACAAUUCGUUAGAUUUAAUUAUUUCAGCUGAUUCACGGAUCAUAAAACUGUGGAACAAGGACACAGGGAAGAUAUUUACUUCCUUGGAGCCUGAACAGGAUAUUAAUGAUGUUUGCAUAUAUCCUAAUUCAGGGAUGCUAUUCACAGCCAAUGAAGCACCCAAAAUGAACAUCUACUACAUUCCGGUUUUAGGCCCUGCUCCAAAAUGGUGCUCGUUUCUUGAUAACUUGACAGAAGAGCUAGAAGAAAACCCAGAGACAACUGUGUAUGAUGACUACAAAUUUGUAACAAGAAAAGAACUUGAAAAUUUAGGGCUUGCUCAUCUUAUUGGAUCACCACUUCUCCGAGCAUAUAUGCAUGGCUUUUUCAUGGACAUACGACUAUAUCACAAGGUCAAAAUGAUGGUGAAUCCUUUUGCCUAUGAGGAAUACAGAAGAGAGAAAAUUAGACAGAAGAUAGAAGAAACACGUGCACAAAGAGUGCAACUAAAGAAACUUCCUAAGGUUAACAAAGAGCUUGCACUGAAGUUGAUUGAGGAAGGAGAAGAAGAGCCACAAAACGCAAGGAAAAAAAAGCAAAAGAAAAUGCCUAGCAUUCUUAACGAUGAUCGCUUCAAAGUCAUGUUUGAGAACCCAGAUUUCCAGGUGGAUGAGAAGAGUGAAGAGUUCAGGCUGCUUAAUCCGCUUGUUUCUAAAAUAAGUGAGAAAAGGAAGAAGAAGUUAAAAAUGUUAGAGCAUCAAGAAACCCUGGGAGAGGAAGAAGAGGAAGAACCAGAAGGAAAACCAAGUGAUGCAGAAAGUUCUGAGACUUCAGAUGAUGAAAAAGGCUGGGUUGAAGAGGUCAGGAAACAGCGCAGACUUCUACGCCAAGAGGAAAAAUUAAAACAGCAGAAACGUUUCAAGGAGGAUCAGCAAACAGUCCUGGAACCGAGGUUUUUUGAGAUUAAAGUUGGAGAAGAAUUUAGAAGUUUCAAGGACACUGCCAAAAGGCAAAAGUUAAUGAAAAAAACACUUGGAGAUCGCUUACAGCUUGAAGAGAGAGUUGGUGCGCUUAGUGUACAUGAUACCACUGUAGGAAGUAAACAAGUUACCUUUAAAUUAAAACAGUCAGAGCACCAGAAAAAACAGCAGGAAGCAGAGAAGCAUCAUCAUCAAGAGAGGAGACAACUCAGACGCUCAGCUGGCCAUCUCAAAAGUAAACGAGGAAGAGGAUGGCCCUUCCAUUAACAUGACAGUCCUGCUUUUCAUAGACACAAUAAGUAAAGACCUCUUCCAGUUCUGUUUGAUAGAGAACUGUCCACAGAACAAUUGUGUGGUGAAGAAAACCAAACCUGGGACAACCACUGGUUUGGACUGGAGAUAUUUGUUUCUAAAUGAUUAUAUAACCUUGUGCAUGAUUCAGGUGCAACCGUUCCUAUGCUAACUAGACUCCACCCUUUUAAAAAUGAAAUUUUAACAAUGCACUGUUUCAAAAGACUCAAGUUGUCAAGGACUGAAAUGUUGGUGUGUGUGGAAUUGCGUGUCCGGGUCUUUACAGGUGAACAGCAAGACGUUCAAGAAAUCCAAGCACAGACAGAGAACUUGUUUAAGAGUCCUUUACUUUGGACAUUAAAUUAGCAAAACAGCAUACAAGACUUUUCUCUUCCCUUCACGAUUACAACACCUCCCUAGCAAGAACUUCUUCCCCCACAGAGCUUCUUUCGGUUUCUCUCCAGCCUUUUGUAGAUAAGACUGGCCUUGCUGGGCACAGCUGCCUGCCAACGUCCUUGGUGCUCACCCUGGCUGGAUUAACCCCAUAACUACAGUUUUUGCUCUUCCACUCAUGUGAGGCACAUACGCACGUACACACAUAUCCAACAGCCCCCACCUGUGUCUCACAUGUAUAUAAUCAAUACAUACAGGUUUUUACAGUACAUUUCUACAACUUAUCAUACCAUUGCAUUUUACAGUACAGAUUACAUUCAACAUUGCAACAUUGGGCAUUGAUCCCUUAAAGCUUUAUUUAUUCACUGAAUUUAGGUUGAAACCACCCGAAGCUUUGCAACCAGUUCGCGGAACUUCUCUUGGCACAAUGGCUUGGUCAUUAUAUCCGCCAGCAUGUCUUUUGUGUUGCAAUAUGUUAAGGCAAUAAACCCCUUCUGCACAUGAUCCCUCACGUGGUGGUAUCUGACGCUAAUGUGUUUGGUCCUUUUUGUGUGGGCCUCUGAGGUUGCCAUACUGAUGCAAGUCUGAUUGUCUUCAUGCACAGGAAUGGGCAGUGGCACCUGUAUGUUUAGUUCCUGCAGGAGCAGGUCAUACCAUUGGAGCUCGUUACAGGCGUUCGACAGGCCGACAUAUUCGGCCUCCGAACUGGAUGUGGCGACUAUCGCCUGUUUUCUGCUGCUCCAGUCGACCACUGAUCCAUUCAAAACCACCACUAUGCCCGUGGUUGAUUUCUGGCUGGACAUAUCACCUGUGUGAUCCGCAUCUACAUAGCAUUCUAAACCACCUUGCGUAUGUGCAGAGAGCAAUAGCCCCUUGGUUUUUGUGCCUUGCAAGUAACGCAACACUCUUUUUAUGCCUUGCCAAUCGGCCUCUGAAGGCUGCGCAACUUGCCUACUCAGUAUGCUGACCGCGUUACAGAUAUCUGGCUGUGACACCUUAGCCAGAUACUGUAACUUCCCCAGCACACUUCUGUACAAGGCUGGGUCAGCACAUGGUGUUUCAGAGACAUCCUGUUGGAAUGUUACUGUCAUGGGUGUUCGCACCGUAUUACAUUCCAGCAUGUUACACUCCUCCAAGAGACAUGUGAUUUUUCCCUCCUGCUUAAGUACUAUACAGCCAUCAGUGGUGCGCUCUAUGUCUGUGCCUAAGUACUGUGCCACAGGACCCAGGCAUUUGGUGUCCAACUGCUUGCUCAAGCAGGUAUGGAAGUCUUCUUCCUCCUGUUCAUCAUUAUAAAAAUAGAGGAUGUCAUCCACGUAAACAGCACAGUAUGUGUACCUAGUUCCUGUCACCUUCACAUACACACAAGUGUCAGCCGUGCACCUCCUGAAGCCCAUGUCACGCAACACACUGUCGAGUUUCAUGUUCCAGCACCGGGCGCUCUGUCUCAAGCCAUACAGUGAUUUAUGCAGCUUGCAGACCAACCCCUGUUCGGAUAAGAACCCAAGGGGUUGUUCCACAUAAAUCUCUUCCUCUAAGUCACCAUGGAGGAAGGCCGUGCUGAUAUCAUAGUGAUUUAUAUGCAAACCCUGCAUUGCUGCCAGCUUCAACAACACUCUCACAGACUCAUAUCGGACAACAGGCACAAACACCGCGUCGUCGUCUGUGCCUUGCUGUUGAGUGAAGCCUUUAGCUACCAGUCUAGCUCUACCUCUGUACCUCCCCUGCCCUGGACCGCUUCCUCUUGAAAACCCACCUGCACCCUAUAGCCUUUUUACCUAUAGGGAGUUUACUCAGGGUCCAUGUGCCAUUAUUCGCCAUAGCCUGCAGCUCCUAUUGCAUGGCCUGCUGCCAUUUGUGCUGCUCUGCCUCAGGCAUCAGCCUGAUUUCACUGAUUGAGGAUGGCUCCUCAUGUGCCAUGUGAGGCACCUCCAUCCGGGCUGUAAACACCGACACUGAGCUGUUGUCUGCAGUAUUCUUGCAGCCCUGUCCGUCGUUCCCAUUAUGCCCCAUUAACCUCAUGUCAUUAGUGCCUUUCACACACAACACACCCAUGGUCAUUUGAAACAGCCCCUUCGUCAUAAAUCCCCUGCAGGUGACCUCGCCCUUUCUUUGCACCAUACAUUUCUCUUUAUCAAAGAUUACAGUAUAACCAAUAUCCACUAACUUCUUCACAGAUAGAAUAUUGCUAGCUAACUGGGGUACAUACAAAACGUUUGUCAGAAUUCCCAGCUUACUCAAUUUCACCGUGCCUCAUGCCAGAACGUCCCUCCUGGAUCCGUCAGCCAACAACACAGAGUCUUUUACUGCUCUCGACGUGUGAAAUAAGCUUCGGUCCUUUAAAAGACAAUGGGAAGCACCGCUGUCACACACCCAUUGUGUAUCGAUGGUUUGAGGUUUCGCUGCACUUACAAAGUUCACACUUGACUGCUUCCAGCCACAGUCCCUGCUUUUCCGCCUGGCUGCACAGUUCCUUUGUAUAUGACCCCGUGCUCCACAAAAAUAACAGGUUUUCAGCCCCUGCUGCUCCUUGUUGUUAGACUGCCUGCUUUUGACAGCUUACUUCAGCUCAGUCCUUCUCGACUCCUGUCUUCUUUGCCAUUCUUGGUUCAGUUUUUCCUCCACAAAGUCCAAAUUCAGGCCUCCGUCUGGCAUAGCCUCCAUGGACAUCACGAGAUUAUUCCAGGUUUUGUCAAGUGAAGACAAAACUAUGUACACCUUCUGAAGAUUGCUAUGCUCGAUCCCUCUGUCCUCCAAUUCUGCAAACAAACGUCUGAACUCUGUUAGAUGCUCGGUCAUGGUGCUUUCCUCAGUUAGACGCAUCUGGUACAGUUUCCUCGCCAAGCAAAGUUUGCUCCCCGCUGUUUGUUGUACAUGGACAGUUUGUAACACAUCCCACAUUCGUUUUGCUGUGGGUUCGUCUCUCACAUAUAGUAGUUGAGAGUCAGAGAGUGCCAAAGUAAUAAAAGCCUGUGCCUUCUCAUCCUUACGCGUCCAGGCCGCCUGAGGAACUGCCGGUGGGGCGGUGUCGAUAACUUCAAACAAGUCUUCUUUAAUCCGAAACGCUCUCAUCCGUAGCUUCCAGCUGGCAUAGUUAGUCUCCGUGAGACGUUCCAUUGGCAUGCCUGCAGACAUAUUCACUGCCAUCUUUGCUCACCUCUUCAAGGCACGAUCAAGCUGCCUUCCGGAGCUCUGACUUGGAUCAGAACAGUCUUCACUGCGCUGUAAAGUGCGCCGGAUCUGGGCCCAUAACCCUGUUGGUGCGUGUGGAAUUGCGCGUCCGGGUCUUUACAGGUGAACAGCAAGACGUUCAAGAAAUCCAAGCACAGACAGAGAACUUGUUUAAGAGUCCUUUACUUUGGACAUUAAAUUAGCAAAACAGCAUACGAGACUUUUCUCUUCCCUUCACGAUUACAACACCUCCCUAGCAAGAACUUCUUCCCCCACAGAGCUUCUUUCGGUUUCUCUCCAGCCUUUUGUAGAUAAGACUGGCCUUGCUGGGCACAGCUGCCUGCCAACGUCCUUGGUGCUCACCCUGGCUGGAUUAACCCCAUAACUACAGUUUUUGCUCUUCCACUCAUGUGAGGCACAUACGCACGUACACACAUAUCCAACAUGAAAAACCUUUAAUUUGCCAAGUCUCGGGGGGGGGAAGAUUAAAAUAGUUUUGUCCUUCAACAGUAACAUCUGGUCUUCUUCGUAUAGCUUUAGGGAACCAAAUGAUUAGGACGUUGCCAAUAACAUUUGCCUCAAGAAUAUCAUACGGAGCCAGACCUUUUCCUUCUAGCAAAACCCAGGAAGUGUUUAUCUUCAAGGUCCCCUCCCCCAAUACGAAUAUGAAGUCUUAAGUGCAAGCUGCCCCUUUAAUGUUAUGACAAAAAAAAAGAAAGUGUAUCUGUGCCCAUAUGUAUACAUGUUAGUAUUGUUAAAGAUCUAAAGACAAAACUGCCUAUGGGCUGAUAGUAUUCAGCAUUAUAUUAAUUCUGGUUCAGAUUUUGUGGACAUCUCACCAAACAAGGCUGCUCCUCUUUAUUUCCACGUCUGACAGAUACUGGGCCCACAGGUCUGUCUGGAAACCCUUCUCAAACUGGUGUCUUUUAAUGCGCAUUCUGCUCCAGCAUAACCUUUGAGUAGCUGAGUUUACACAACCAGUGUUUACACCUGCAGGUUGUAGAUGUUAACCUGCUUUGCAGAUUUCAAAGCUUUCAGUCAGUAUGUGAAGUACAUAGAAAUGCUGCUAGAAAAAGCAAAAAAUGGCUUUGGAAUGUAAUGGUUUUAAAUCCAUUUCUGAAAAGUGGAGCACUAGGCUAAGUGUUACUAUGGUUAUCAACUGCUUGAGAGAGUAUGUAUGCUCUCCUGCUGAGAUGUGACACUACUGUGGCUUCUAUAGAGGCAGAUUGACUAAUUGUGGGGCUCCAAAACUGUGGCCUAGUUCUUGGCAAUUUUAGUAAGUGUAAUUCUGUCCUUGAUUUCCUAAUGUGGACUUCAGUACUAGUCCUAAUUCUCUCAUUCCUUAAGCUGACGGUGAGGUGGGGAUGGGAAUUCCAAAGUCUAUAACAAGAGAACUCAGAUUCUGCUAUUUAUUAAGAAUGAAUUGAGCAGGUGUGCUGAAAUCUAUUUAAUGUGCAUGCUUUGUUCUGGUCAUGGUCCCCCGCCCCAAAUUUAAACAUACUUUGUUCUAUAUAGGUAGAGGAGACAGUGACUGGGGACUAGGAGUGUGUACUAAGAGCUAAUGAAGAAUUUUUCAAGACUUCAUGGGAGCAAUAGUGUCCCUUCACUGACAGAUGUCCAUCAGCACAACAGGGAGGGGUUUUUUUUUGGUGAUUCCUCUUAUUAAUUAAUUAAUUUAUUUGUUAGAUUUAUUAGUCGCCCAUCUGACUGGUUGUCCAGCCACUCUGGGCAACAUACACAAUAAAAACAUAUAAUUAUAUUAGAACAUUAAAAAUCUCAACAACAAUAAUAAAACCUAACCCACCCCAAAAGCCUGUUCGAAGAGCCAGGUCUUCA